CCCUCCCGUCUGCAACUCUCUGAAUUAAGUACUCACCUUCUUCUCACUAGCUCAAUCCAAACAUAUAAUAAAAACAAACAACAAUCUAUAGGGAAAGGAGAGAAGAAGUUGGCUAGCUUUUCCUUUUUCUUCAACUCUUUCAAUGGGGGAAAACGGGAGUUGGUUUUUCCAUUAAUGGGCUGUUUAGGUGGGAGGUCCUUCAGAGAAAGAGGAAGGAGGAAGGUUUAGCCAGUUUUCUCAAUGGCAAGCAGAGGCAACAACAGUUUUUCUCAUCAUCAACAAGCUGGGCAUGGGCAACAUCAGCACCAAGAGAAGCAAAUCUCUUUUGGAAUGAUCCAGCCCUCUUCUUCCAUGCAUGGCAACUUCAACAUCAGAAGCAAAGAGAGUGGGGCUUAUGACUUGGGUGAGUUGGAUCAAGCUUUGUUUAUGUAUCUCGAGGGGCAAGACCAUUCAUCAGUCCAAGAGCAAAGACAAACUUUGAACAUCUUCCCCUCUCAACCAAUGCAUGUAGAGCCAUCAACAGAGGUUGGGAUGAGUUUAGGGUCUCCGGCAAGUGGUGGCUCAAAGGGGACAAUGUCAGAGCCAACCAUGGAGAUAGGCACCAAAAGGAACAACAACAACAACAACAGUAACAUUGGUCUUCAAGCUGCUGCUACUGCAUCUGAAUCUUCAGCCAAGGACACGAAGGCAGUAGUGAAGAAGGAAGGGAACAAAAAGGGGGCACAGUCUAGUUCAGAACAUGAAGGACCUAAAACACCUGACCCUAAGACUUUGAGAAGACUUGCUCAGAAUAGGGAGGCAGCAAGAAAAAGCAGGCUCAGAAAGAAGGCUUAUGUUCAACAAUUAGAGUCCAGUAGGAUCAAGCUAACUCAGAUAGAGCAAGAGCUUCAGAGGGCUAGAGCUCAGGGUGUGUUCUUUGGUGGUGGAGGCGUUCUUGGUGACCAAGGACUUCCUGCAGGCAUCGGCGGCCUUACUUCAGAUGCUGCGGUGUUUGACAUGGAGUACGGGAGGUGGCUAGAGGAGCACCACAGGCUCAUGUGUGAGCUGAGAGCGGCAGUGCAGGAGCACCUUCAGGAGAAUGAGCUGAGGAUGUUCGUCGAUAAUUGUUUGCACCACUACGAUGAGAUGUUCAGCCUCAAGACCAUGGCUGCCAAAUCCGAUGUCUUCCACCUUGUUUCUGGCAUGUGGAAGACUCCAGCGGAGCGAUGCUUCUUGUGGAUGGGCGGGUUUCGCCCGUCAGAGCUCAUCAAGAUUCUUUUGAGCCACAUAGAGCCAUUAACGGAACAACAAAUACUAGGAAUAUGCGCGUUGCAACAAUCGACACAGGAGACAGAGGAUGCACUUAGCCAAGGGCUUGAAUCCCUUUAUCAGUCUCUAUCUGACACUGUCGUCUCCGAUGCUUUGAGUUGCCCCUCCAACAUGGCCAACUACAUGGGGCAGAUGGCUGUUGCCAUGAACAAGCUCUCCACACUCGAGGGGUUUGUUCGACAAGCAGAUAAUCUGAGGCAGCAAACCCUCCACAGGCUUCACCAAAUCCUGACAACACGUCAAAGUGCUCGCUGCUUCCUGGCUAUCGCCGAAUACUUCCAUCGCCUUCGUGCAUUGAGCUCCCUCUGGAUGGCUCGGCCAAGGCAGGAGUAGUUGCCAUCAAAGCGCUCUGGAGAGGGAAAAUGGGAGAGGUGAUCAAAAGAAAGAUUAAUCAUUACCAGUUGUCUCACUCUCAAAUGUUUUCUUCUUUGUUGAUUAAAGGAGUUAAUUAAUAUAGAGAUGUCAGGGAUCUCCUCCAUUUUUGUGGAGAAAGAUGUAUAGGGAUCAGACAUAUAUAGAUCACAGACAGAUAUACAUUGAAUUAAUGUUGUAUUAGAAUAGGGCUUCACCCAUUUCUCUACUCUUUCUGAUUAGUUAGCUUACCUUUGUAUUAAACCAGGAGAGUACUUAUAAAUACGUAGUUGCAGUGGAGACUUGGGAAUUAGUAUUUGUAUUUCUCAGAAGCAGUGAAUGGAGAAGUGGGUUGAGGUGAUCUUGCAAGAUCAAAUUUGGGGUUUGUCUCAAUUUUUUCUCUCUUUUUAUUUUUAUUUUAAUAGGUUGUGCUGUAAUGUACACUAAGCUAGUAGGAUGGGGUUGGUUCUUGUCCAUGUGGCUCAAGGCGCGGUGCAUGCUGUGGAAUAUUUGGCGA